CACAGCCUCUCCCUAUAUAUUGCAUGUGCUGAGGUGGCUUCAGCCCCUCAGGGCUCUGGGAUAGUUGAGGAAUCUGUGACACAGGACAACUGCGACUGAAGGAAAAAAGAAGCAAAUGAUACCAAGACAAGCUCAUGACUGAGAUCUAAUCAUCAGAUGUGUACGGAUAAAAACACAGUGAGAUGAGCCAGAAGGGGGCCAAGGAGGGCCCGCGCCUGUCCAAGAACCAGCGGCUGUCGGAGCACUUCAGCAUCCGCUGCUGCCCGCCCUUCACCUUCCUCAACUCCAAGCGCGAGCUGGUGGACCGCAGGUACAGCCUGUGCCGCAGCGGCUGCUUCUAC